GUGGAGCAUUAUUAGCAUUAAAAUUUCAGUUAACAGGGCUCAGUAUGAAAACUUUGGCGGAUUCGAUAACAUCCAAAGUUUGGGAAGUGUCCCCAUCGGGGACGGUCAAGUUGUUGUUUAUAAACAAACCGGCAAAAGAGAAAUGGCCAAAAGUGGAUGAGAGAGACUUUCUCGGUUUCAGGUCUGCUCACCGACCAGAACACGGAUCAGAUGAACAUAGUCUUCGACCAUGCCAUCGAUGUCGCCAACCAGGAGGUGGGCACCACCUUGACUGCCCUCAAGGAGGAGGUUAACUACGGGGAUGCGUACCAGAGCUACGGAAGGCUGUGCAGGAUGUUGGAGACAGGCAUCGCUGGAGUGUUUGGACCCUCGUCGCGGCACACUGCCGUCCACCUGAUGUCCAUAUGCGACGCCAUGGACAUACCCCACAUCUACUCCUACAUGAGCGAGAACGCGGAGGGAUUUAAUCUGCACCCGCAUCCGACUGACCUGGCCAAAGCUCUGUACAGCCUAAUCACGGAGUUCAAUUGGACCCGCUUCAUUUUCCUCUACGAGUCGGCCGAGUACCUAAACAUUUUGAACGAGCUAACCACGAUGUUAGGAAAGAGUGGAACUGUGAUCACGGUGCUGCGAUACGACAUGCAGUUGAAUGGCAAUUACAAACAGGUCCUUCGACGGGUUCGAAAGUCCGUGGAUAAUCGAAUUGUGGUCGUGGGCUCCAGUGAAACGAUGCCAGAGUUCCUAAACCAGGCGCAACAAGUGGGCAUCAUCAACGAGGAUUACAAGUACAUAAUCGGUAACCUGGACUUUCACUCUUUCGAUUUGGAGGAGUACAAGUACAGUGAGGCCAAUAUAACAGGUCUGCGCCUAUUUUCUCCUGAAAAAAUGGCCGUCAAGGAACUGCUCAUUAAGUUGGGUUACCCCACCGAUCAGGAUGAGUUCAGGAAUGGUUCUUGUCCCAUAACCGUGGAAAUGGCCCUAACCUACGAUGCCGUCCAGUUGUUUGCACAGACCCUAAGGAACCUUCCCUUCAAGCCGGUGCCCCAAAAUUGCUCGCAAAGAACAGAAAGCGUCCGAGAUGAUGGUUCCUCCUUCAAGAAUUAUAUGCGAACUCUGCGCCUCACGGAUCGUCUGCUUACGGGACCCAUCUACUUCGAAGGAAACGUCCGCAAGGGGUACCACCUGGAUAUCAUCGAACUGCAACCGUCGGGAAUCGUCAAGGUGGGCACAUGGGACGAGGAACGGCAGUAUAGACCACAGCGACUGGCACCCACCACUGCCCAAUUCGAUAUCGUUGACAAUUCGCUGGCCAAUAAGACCUUUAUUAUCUUGCUCUCGGUACCGAACAAACCAUAUGCCCAACUGGUGGAGACCUACAAGCAGCUAGAGGGUAACAGCCAGUAUGAGGGAUACGGUGUCGAUCUAAUCAAGGAACUGGCCGAUAAGCUGGGCUUCAAUUUUACAUUCGUAAACGGCGGCAAUGAUUAUGGAUCGUACAACAAAUCCACAAAUGAAUCCACGGGCAUGCUGAGGGAGAUAAUGACUGGGCGAGCUGACCUGGCUAUCACGGAUUUGACCAUUACUUCUGAGCGUGAACAGGCUUUAGACUUUACCAUACCCUUCAUGAAUCUGGGCAUUGCAAUUCUCUAUUUGAAGCCCCAGAAAGCCAAACCUGAGCUCUUUACCUUCAUGGACCCUUUUUCGGAGGAAGUCUGGUGGUUCCUAGGUUUUUCCUUUUUGGGCGUUUCCUUGAGUUUCUUCAUAUUGGGCCGUCUGUCGCCAAGCGAAUGGGAUAACCCGUAUCCUUGUAUUGAGGAGCCAGAAGAAUUAGAAAACCAGUUUACAAUAGGCAACUCGAUUUGGUUUACAACUGGAGCUCUGCUUCAGCAGGGUUCUGAAAUUGGUCCUAAAGCUUUAUCCACUCGAACUGUAGCCAGUUUCUGGUGGUUCUUUACCCUGAUUGUCGUCUCUUCUUACACCGCCAAUUUGGCUGCCUUUUUGACCAUUGAAAAACCGCAAAGUUUAAUCAACAGCGUAGACGAUCUGGCAGAUAACAAGGAUGGUGUGGUUUACGGCGCAAAGAAAACUGGAUCCACCAGAAACUUCUUUAUGACCUCCGCGGAAGAACGAUAUAAGAAGAUGAAUAAAUUCAUGUCCGACAAUCCUCAAUAUCUCACCGAAGACAACAUGGAGGGAGUAAAUCGAGUUAAGACCAAUACCCACUAUGCGUUUCUGAUGGAAUCCACUUCCAUUGAGUAUAAUACCAAGCGUGAGUGCAAUCUUAAAAAGAUUGGAGAUGCAUUGGAUGAGAAAGGCUAUGGAAUAGCCAUGAGGAAGGAUUGGCCGCACCGCGGUAAGUUCAAUAAUGCCCUCCUGGAACUGCAGGAACAGGGAGUGCUGGAGAAAAUGAAGAACAAGUGGUGGAACGAGGUGGGCACCGGAAUUUGCGCCACCAAAGAGGAUGCUCCUGAUGCGACACCUUUGGAUAUGAAUAACCUGGAGGGAGUUUUCUUCGUACUCCUCGUCGGAAGUUGCUGCGCCUUGCUUUACGGGAUUAUCAGCUGGGUUUUGUUUGUGAUGAAGAAAGCUCAUCACUAUCGAGUUCCGUUGCGCGACGCUCUCAAGGAGGAAUUCCAGUUCGUUAUUGAUUUCAAUAAUUAUGUUCGGGUAUUGAAAAACUCCGCUUCCAUCUACUCGCGCAGUCGUCAGUCCUCGAUGUCAGUAGCUUCAGUGGCCCAAUCGCAGUAGAAAGAAAUCACUUUCACUCGUCGAAUGCCGGUUGGAAAAUAUUUGUUUUUUCGCAUGCAUAAUAUAUAAUGUAUGUAUAUAAUGUUU